GAAAAAAGUUCCGGAUACACAAUUUCCGCCGGUUCGUACUCGGAGCAUCCCAUGAUACCCCUUAACCCGCUGCAAUAUGCAGCAUUACUUUGGAAUGCUCGCUGUCCCGCCUCCGUGUGGAGCUGCCGCGUACCUGGCAAUUGGAGGGAACGUAAAUUCGCCGGACAAUAUUCUACCGUGGCUCUGCAGUGCAUAGAACAGCCCUGAAUUCCCGUCAGCAUUCCGAGAAGGGCACGGAUGCCGCUACCAUGGAUUUAUAUACCUACAGAAUCCCCACCCAGAUUCCCGAUUCCAACUUGACAGGCUGGCGUAGACGAUCACUUCACCUUGGUUUGUCGGGGCCCGAAUACACUUUUCCCUAACUACUUAGAAGGAUGAGGUUCUCUUUAGCAGCCACCCUCGCGGGCGCCAGCUUGGCGGCCGGACACACCAUCUUCGUCCAACUCGAAGCCAACGGUGUGACAACACCAGUCUCCCACGGUAUCAGGACUCCUAGCUACGAUGGUCCCAUUACCGACGUGACGUCCAAUGAUGUCGCCUGCAAUGGCGGCCCCAACCCGACCAUGCCCUCGGACAAGAUUAUCGAAGUCAAGGCCGGCUCUACCGUCAAUGCCAUCUGGAGGCAUACCUUAACUUCGGGGCCGAAUGACGUUAUGGAUGCCAGCCAUCUGGGGCCUACGCUAGCAUAUCUGAAAAAGGCGAAUGAUGCAACAACCGACAAGGGAUAUGGCGGUGGAUGGUUCAAGAUUCAGCAGGACGGCUACAGCAACGGCGUCUGGGGCACCAGCAAGGUCAUCAAUAACCAGGGAAAGCACCCGAUCCAGAUCCCGGACUGCCUCCCGGACGGGCAAUACCUCCUGCGCGCUGAGAUGAUUGCCCUUCACGGCGCCGGCUCGAACCAGGGAGCGCAGCUCUACAUGGAAUGCGCGCAAAUCAAUAUCUCUGGAGGUUCCGCAACCAAGACGCCGACGACGUACAGUCUCCCAGGGAUAUACAAGGCGACAGACCCGGGUAUCCUAAUCAACAUCCACUCCAUGAGCAAGGAUAGCCAGUACAUCAUCCCGGGCCCCGACCCCUUCUCCUGCUCCGCGAACUCCGGCGGCGGCAGCUCCUCGACGACCCUGUCGACGGCGACCAGGACGGCUACGACCCCGGCCGCGACCCCGACGGCCCCCAGCUGCUCUGUCGCCCAGUGGGGCCAGUGCGGCGGCGUCGGAUACAGCGGGUGCACGACCUGCGUGACCGGCCGCACAUGCAGUAAACAGAACGACUAUUACUCGCAGUGUACAUAAAGCCACUAUAGCUUAGGGGCGGCACGGUUGGAUGUAGGAAUUGAAUUGCGUUCAUGUAGAGCGAUCUCUGCGGUGUAUGUCUACGCGGCUGUGUGAUAUUGUGAGCCGGAGUUGGUGAUAUUGUAACCCCGGUGUGGUAGCUGGGCACCCGUAGCCGUGGGCGUAAGGGACGAGUUUCUUCGUCCUACGCGUCACUCUACCAUCUCGACCUACGGCCCACACACCUUGAAGAAGAGUUAUCUCGCGGUUGGUGGUUGCGAAGCUCGAUCGAGAGUUGUGUCCGGGUAUACUCCGCCAUGGGAGAACAAACUAAGACUUGGGAGACCUUGUAAACAAAUACAAUUCUCUCCUUUCUCGUGUAUAUGGUGGAGAUUAGAUCGAUUGACUUGUUUCCCUGCUG